AUGUCAGACCCUCUGCCAAAAUCGAAGCGAUUAAAAGAAAUUACUUCAUGGUUUUUAAGGGAUGUUGAGUCCGGAAGUUCCAAUUUGAAUUCUACUCCUUCCAUUACUUCUCCAAAUUUUAAUGAUGAACCACAACCUUCAAGUCAUUCUCCAUUGCCCAACUCUCAACCUUUAGAGCCACCAAAUAGGAUUAAUGCUCUUCAACGUGAUCCUGGAUUACGUUGUCCGAUUUGGGAAUGGCCAGUGGAUGAGCAAGAUAGAGUUCGAAAAGCCUACAUUUCAUUGGGGUCUUUUCAACCUAAGGUGGUGUUUCCAAUGACCAAAUAUGGGGGUCAACAACGAAAAUUUCAGUAUUCUUGGUUCAAGACUUAUCCAUGGCUUGAGUACUCAAUUGUUGUUGAUAGAGCAUUUUGCUUUCCUUGUUUUCUUUUUGACACUAAAGAUUCUGGCCAUCAUGCAUUUACUGUGGAAGGAUUUAAAAAUUGGAACAAGGUUUAUGCGGGUAAUAAUAUGUUGAUGAAGCAUGUUGGAAGCAUUACAUCUCAACACAUGGCUGCCAUGCAAAAAUGGGAUUCGUUGAGGAACUCAGAUGGCCAUAUUGAAAGAGUUCUUGAGACAAGGUCAUUGAAGGACGUGGAAGACAAUCGAUUGAGGCUUACGACUUCAAUAGAGAGUGUUAGAUUGCUUGCUAAUCAAGGAGCUCCUUUUAGAGGCCAUGAUGAAUCUAAAAACUCCUUGAAUCGUGGAUAUUUUCAAGAAGUAAUAAAAUCCUUUUCAAGGAUGAGUGUGGAUAUUGAGAGAGUUGUCUUAGAAAAUGCCCCUGCAAAUGCCAAGUACACUAGUCCCUCAAUUCAAAAGCAAAUCCUCAAUAUCCUUGGUAACAAAGUAAGGGGCAAGAUCCGAGAUGAAGUUGGGAACUCUAAAUAUUGUAUUCUUGUUGAUGAAGCUAUAGACAUGUCUGGUAAGGAGCAAAUGGCAAUCAUUUUGAGAUUUGUUGAUUCUCAAGGCUUGAUUCGAGAACGAUUUUUUAUGAUUGUGAGUGUUCCCAAUACUACCUCACAAACCCUUAAAAAUGAGAUCUCAAAAGUGCUUACUAUGUACAAUCUUCAAGUGAAAUACAUGAGAGGUCAAGGAUAUGAUGGUGCUAGUAAUAUGAGGGGAAUUUAUAAUGGGUUACAAGCAUUGUUUCUUGAAGAGUGUCCUUAUGCAUAUUUUGUGCAUUGUUUUGCUCACCGUUUGCAGUUGGUAUUAAAUGCUACAGCUCAAGGGGUUAAAGAAAUUUGGCAAUUCUUUCAAACUUUGAGCUUAAUUGUGAAUUUUGUUGAUUCUUCUGCUAAGAGGCAUUCAACAUUGAAAGAUGUGAGAAUAGAGGAAAUUGCUAAUUUGGUUGCUUGUGGGGAACUUCAAACAGGUAGUGGUGCUAACCAAAUUUGUACUUUGCAACGAGCAUGUCCUACUCGGUGGAGCUCACAUUUCCGUUCUAUCAGGAGUUUAAUUGAACUGUUUAGCUCAAUAAAGAAAACUCUUAAUGAUAUGAUUGAUCAAGGAAAUGGAGGACAAGCUGAAGCUAUUCUUGGAGCUUUGAGGUCUUUUGAGUUUGUGUUCUGCUUGCUUCUAAUGAACAAAGUAAUGAAAGUUACUGAUUUUCUUUGUCAGACAUUGCAGCGGAAAUCUCUAGACUUUGUGCAGGCUAUGAGUUUUGUUGGACUUACAAAGUCACUUCUUCAAGAAAUGAGAGAAGAAGGUUGGGAGGAUUUGGUAGGAGAAGUGAAAUCUUUCUGUGAAAAACAUGAUCUUGAUAUGCCUGAUUUGAGUGCUCGUUACAAAUCUGGUACAGGUCGUGAUUGCCAACAACGGAAUUUCAAUUCAAUUGAACAUCAUUACCAUAUAAAUGUGUUCAAUGUUUGGAUUGAUCUUCAGUUGAGUGAAUUGAAUAGAAGAUUCUCAGACCAAGCAUCAGAACUCCUUAUUCUUAGUUCAACCUUAGAUCCUCGGGAUAAUUUCAAGAGUUUUAAAGCUGAAGAUGUUUGCAAUCUUGCCAAGAAGUUUUAUCCUGAAGAUUUUGAUGAUGGUGAAAUGUUUACUCUUCAAUCAGAGUGUGCAUAUUAUGAGAAAGAUAUGCGACGUGAUCCAAAGUUCCAGAAAUUAGAAUCCAUUGCCGAUUUGUGCCACACUUUAGUUCUAACAAGGAAGUCUGAAUUUUUUCGUAUGCUUUAUAGAUUGAUUUGUUUAGUUUUGACUAUUCCUGUUUCUACGGCAACAACUGAAAGGGCAUUUUCAGCUAUGAACAUCAUCAAGAAUAAACUUAGAAAUAAGAUGGGAGAUGAGUUUCUUGGUGAUUGUAUGGUCCUUCAUAUUGAGAAAGAGUAUGCUGAGUCUAUAGGUAAUGAUGAGGUGAUAAGAGAGUUUGAGGAACUAUCGACUCGUAGAGUUAAAUUUAGAUAA